UUGUAGCAAUGGGCAUGGUAAUGCUGACUGGAUUUGGAUUGGCUAUUGGAUGUCUUAUACUACACAAGAGGAAAUAUGUUACCCUACUAGACCCAAACAAGAAAUACAAAUUACGCCUUAUUUACAAAUCAGUUAUAAACCACAAUACUCGAAGAAUGCGGUUUGCACUUCCAACAGUUUUUCAUACCUUGGGACUUCCAGCGGGCAAACAUGUGUAUAUUUUAGCUAAAAUUAAUGGGAGUCUUGUAGUGAGACCAUACACUCCAGUGUCCACUGAUGAUGAAAGAGGAUAUGUGGAUCUUGUGAUAAAGAUAUAUUUCAGAGGGCAACAUCCCACAUUCCCAGAAGGAGGAAAGAUGUCUCAAUACCUGGAUAAUCUUUCCAUAGGAGAUGUAAUUGAAUUCCAAGGUCCAAGAGGGCUUCUUGCAUAUAAUGGAAAAGGUGAGUUUGGAAUUCAAAUAAACAAGAAGUCUCCUGUUGAGAAGAAAUUUGCCCGACAGGUUGGAAUGAUUGCAGGAGGAACAGGUAUCACCCCCAUGCUACAGCUAAUACAGACAAUACUAAAAGACCCUGAUGAUCUGACUAAAUGCUCCCUACUGUUUGCCAACAAGUCAAAGAAUGAUAUUAUUCUUCGUGAAGAACUCCAGGAGCUAGAGCGUAAACACUCUGGACGCUUUAAAGUCUGGUUUGCUGUGGAAACGGCUCCUGAGGGUAUGAUUAUAUCAUUUUUAAGUUGUAUGCAUAAGAAGUGAGUUCUUAACCUAGCCUAGAGGAACUCUACCUGAAACUAGCUACUAUAGACCAGCUCCAUC